AUGGCAAAAGCUCAAAAUGAAGCGCAGGCCUUUGCUAGCCAGGAAACCCAACUUAAACAGCAGCUUGAAGACAUGUCCGCAGAAUUAUCGCUGUUCAAAGAGGUCAAAGGUAAGCUCGAAAUGGAAUUGGCUACCAAAGAGAGAUUGCUGAAGAGGGCCAUGGACUCUAGAAAAGAGUACGAAAUGGAUGCGCAAGCCUCAAACUGGUUAAGAGAUAAGGCUAAGAUGAGUCAACAGAUUGAAGACUUACAGCGACAAUUGAUAGACGCUACCGAUGCGUUGGAACAACGGCAGACGACAUCCACCGAUAGCCGAUAUCGUGAAGAACGCAAGCGAUUCCUAGAGGAAAUUGAUUCAUUGCAGCAG